AAAAAAAAAAACUCCCAGGGGCAAUACCCUACACUUAUAAUAAAAUCCAAGCUCCUGUGCAGGGCCAUCCAGUGAGCCCCUUCAAAGCCGCUGGCCACCCCCCACCCUGCACCUGCACCCCGUCGCUGUCACUCGGGCUUUAUGACCCUGGGAGUGGGGUAUCCCUAGCAAGCUCCUACCCCAGGCCCUUUGCCCUUGCCCUUGGUCCUGCCCCAACACUGUCCCCAGAUCCUGGCUGGCAUGACUACCUCCUCCUCAGGAUUCAGUUCUCACCUGGAAGCCCUGUGAGAAGUGUGCCGGGUGGUGUCCACCACAUUCCACCGUCCUGUCACCCGCUGAGCACUCAGCAGUAUCUGAGACUGUCUUCUAUCAACUGUCCAAUCCAGCGCCAGCCCCAGGAAGGGCAGGGAUUUGUGUCUGUUCUGUUUAUUGCUAAUUGCCACUACAGGCGUCCCUCAGUAUCCAUGAGGGGGUUGGUUCCCGGAUCCCCAGUGGGUACCGAAUUCAAAGGGUGCUGAAGUCCCUGACAUAAAAUGGCAUAGUACUUGGAUAUAACCUAUGAACAUGCACCCAUAUACUUUACAUCAUCUCUCCAUUACGUAUAAUACCCAAUGCAAUGCAAAUAGUUAUUAUACUGCAUUGUUUAGGAAAUGACCAAAAAGUGUGCACACAUUCAGUAUAGAUUCAAUUUUUUAAAAAAUAGUUUCAAUGUGAGCUUGGUUAAACCCAGAUGCAGAAAGUACUAGGGGCGAGGGACACACACUCAGCGUUUGUUGACCAGUGGCUGUACAUUUAUUUAUACAUAGACAUACCCACCCCCAUAAAAAUACUCAAGCGGAUCACCACAUAGAUAAAUACACAGAAAAGGGCAAAAAUACCUCCACACACGCUCACACAACAGACUAAACAGUCACAGACACCCAGGAGUCCCUUUCUUGUCCCCAUGGGAGUCAGUCCUAGUUUUUUCCCCACCUGGAUCUGCCCUCUGCUUGAACCCAGUUUCUGGGGGAGUGGGGGUCUCCAGCCUGGACAGGGAGGGGGUCGCCAGUCCAUGGGCCUCAGACAGUGCCUUCAGCUAUGUCUGCAAUUUCCUCUCCCCCUUCCUUUCCUCCUCCUCUCUAAGGCUCCCGCCAGGAAGGCCUCCCCCUCACCCCAGCUCCAGCGCAGGGAGGGGAGGCCCAAGGAGGGGUGGGGAGGAGGGAGGAGACUGGGCAGAAAGACCCAGCUGCGCACGCUGAUCACACAACACAUUGCAUGCACAGGCCCAGGUGGUUGUGCAUGUGUGUGCAGGGCCAGGUUGAACCAGGGGGAAGCCGCCACAGGCCACCGGGCGCAAAGGCGCACAGGCGCUCCCUCGCAGGCACAGGCAGAGGCCCCGAGCUGGGGUCUGCAAGGCUGGCUGGCCCUGCCUGGCUCAAAGCCCUAGUCCAACAAUCAUUAACCCUGCGUGACCAGACCAGAGCUCGCCAGCUGGACACACUCACGCCUGGGCCCUGGGAGGAGGGGUUAAGAGUCCUCUCCCUACCGGGCUAGCUGUGCGUCUGGGGGUGCUGGCAACCUCCGCCAGGUCUGGGGAGAAGGGGCAGUCUUCCCUGGGGGAGGGAGCCUGGGGCCUCCCGGGAGGGGGUGCAAGGUGCAGCUGUAGGGUCUGAGAGUAGUGGGUUCAAAUUCUGACUGUUCUGUCAGGUUAUCCAAUAUCUCGGUGACUCAGUUUACUUUAUCUGCUGAGUGGGGAUAAUGGUACCCACGUUAUAGGGUUGUUGGGAGUGAAUGAAAAAACACGUAAAGGGUUUAUUUAGCCCCUUGCCUAGCACCUAGGCAGAACUCCAUCAUCACUAUUAUUGUUGUUGUUAGUAGCCCGGGGGCGGGUCCCCGCAAGGGCCUCCCCAGCGGCUUCCUGUGGGGGAGCAGACCGACCCCGCGGGCCUAGCUCCCCCUCCUGCGGCCGCUCACUCCUCUCCCCUUCCUCUCCCGGCCUUUUCCUCCCCGCCUCCCUGCGCCCCGCCCCGUCCCUCCUCUUUCCUCCGAGGAAACUUUCCGCCGGCUGGUCCAUUGGCCGUGUCCGGCCCGCGCUGCCGCGGCCUGGGACCCAAGCGGGGCGGAAGGGGCUCAGGGCCCGGGUGUAUGCGGCCGCCGGGCGCGCCGGGGCGGGCCGCCGGGAAGCGGGGCGCUGACGGCUGACAGAGGAGCUGCCCCCCAGCAGCAUGGACGCCCCCCGAAGGGACAUGGAGCUGCUCAGCAACAGCCUGGCGGCCUACGCGCACAUCCGCGCUAACCCCGAGAGCCUCGGCCUCUACUUCGUGCUGGGCGUCUGCUUCGGCCUGCUGCUGACCCUGUGCCUCCUGGUCAUCAGCAUCUCGUGCGCGCCCCGCCCGCGGCCCCGGGGCCCCUCUCUGCGCCGGGGUGCCCGCAGCAGCACCCUGGAGCCCGAGGAGGACGAAGACGAGGAGGAGGAGGACACAGUGACACGGCUGGGCCCCGACGACACGCUGGCAGGCCCCGAGCUGUCGGCGGAGCCCGACGGGCCUCUCAGCGUCAACGUCUUCACGUCCGCGGAGGAGCUGGAGCGGGCGCAGCGGCUGGAGGAGCGUGAGCGGAUCCUGCGGGAGAUCUGGCGCACCGGGCAGCCGGACCUGCUAGGCACCGGCACGCUGGGGCCCAGCCCCACGGCCACUGGCACCCUGGGCCGCAUGCACUAUUACUGACCGCCCGGCUCCCAGUGCAAGGCGCUCUGGAAACUGGACAUGCAAAUGGGCCAGAGCUGCCCCAGGACUUUCAGACUGCCCCGCCCCCACAGCUCCCCUGGUGCUAUUGGGCAUGGACCGCCACCCUCAGAGAGGCACCCUUCCCCAGGCCUACCAUUAGAACCCUGGGGGGGGUGUGCAGGGGCCCCACUCAUCUCUGGGGGACGAAGACGGGAAGUGACCAAUGAAAGCUGCAUUCUCAGUG